CGAAUGGCACUAUCCUCUGUCCAUCAUCGCAGGUAUACGCAAUCCUGCAUUCGGCCCAAAAGCACAUGUGAAGCGGACCGGAGUGGGAAGGAAUCUCCACCGAUGAUUCUGUCUGAGCGCAAGUGAGAAUGGCCUGAGUGAAAUGUGACGUUCUGCAGCCAUGCAGGCAUUCGUACCCAAGAAUCGAAAGCCCAAGUUCGAUCUCACCCUGCGCAUCAUUGACUUGACCAAUAUCCCGCUCAUCUACGGUACGGCCUGUGUCAGAUGGCACCUACCCUCCUCCAACGCAGCCGAACACCGCGGCCGGACUGAAAAGGCAGCCAUCCUCGAGCACAGAGCAACAUGGGACUACAACAAGGAGAUCCCGGUGCGUUUAACGAUCGACAAGACGGGCAUGCUGCAGGAAUGCGAACUCCAAUUUGAGAUCUUGCAAGAGUUUGACGAAAGCGGAAGAGGUGGUCGAGUCCAUCUCGGUAAUGUCAAGCUCAAUCUCGCCGAAUAUGCGCGACUGCCGGAAGACGCCAUAAACGACGCCCAGGACGAGAAUGAAGAUGGCGGCAUUACACGCAGGUAUCUACUGCAAGACAGCAAGGUGAACAGUACAUUGAAGAUUGGCAUCAAGAUGAAACAGACCGAAGGCGACACCAACUUUAUCGCGCCUCCGCUUAAGUCGGCCAUGGUCAUUGGCGGCAUAGCCGGAGUCUUGUCUACAGAAGCCGGAGAAGGAGAUGAUAUACCAAGCAUCACGAGUAAGACUAGGGAACUGUCGGAAGCGCAGGAUAUCUAUCGGCGUACUCUGGCUGCCACCUGGGCGUGUCAGGCAGGAGAGUUACCGCCGGACAAAUUGAUCGAGGACAUCUUCGCUGGCGGUGGUGGAGGGCGCCUGCCCGCAAUGCAUAAACCGAGCUUGGAGGCCAGAAUGGGACUGCGCGAAGAAGGCAUGGGUAGUAGCUCGAGCGACGAGAUGAAGAGACCAGUCACGCCGCCUCAGCGUCUCAUGCCGCAAACGGCGCAUCGAAGUCCAGGCCAUAGGCGGGUGAGCAGUCGGGAUUCGCCGAAUGCGACGCCGACACAGUCGGCUUUCGGUGGGAGAUCGAGCAUUGAGCAGCAAAUGCAGGCGAGUCAGCAGGAUCAUCGGCGAAGGGACAGAUCGGAUAUUAGUGAGCAUAGCGAGUUUGAGUUGAGGGACGAUUUGAAGAGUUGGCAGGUCCGAGUUAGAUAAGGACGCUCCCUUGUCACAUCACAUACAUGCAAGAUUCCAUCUUGUCUCAAUGAUAUCAGGCGGACAGUAUUGGCUGAGAGUAUGAGACAUCUAACUCUCUCCCAUUCACAUGCAGAAUGCUUGAAGCUCCCAUGCCGCC